AUGUCGAUACUUUGUCAGUCCAUAUCAAAUGCUGAUUUAUUUUAUGAAGCAUGUCGUCAUAAUAAUAUCAAAUUAGUUCGUCAAUUAUUACCGAAAUUAUCUUAUAAAGAAUUUAUUCGACAAGAUAUGUAUGGAAAUACAGUUCUUCACAUUGCAUGUGAAAAUAAUUAUUUUGAUCUUGUUCAACUUCUUUUACAAUCGAAUUUUGGACAAAAUCCUCAUUCACAAUCAAUAUUAAAUUAUAUUGGACAAAUUCCAUGUCAAUGUGCAUUUUCUUCGAAUAUUCGUUCACUUUUUCCUGAAUCUUCAUCGAUGAAGAAUCAUUUCAUUAGUAUCGACAAUGUUUCAUUAAGUAAUAAUGAAUUUGAAUGGAUUCAUCUGUAUGAAAAUGCAACAGAUGCUUUGGACGCUCGAUUUCUCAUGAGUAUUACUCGUUCUUCUUGGUUUAUCAAAAGAUUACUCAGAUUUCUAAUGGAAAAAGAAGCUGUUAAUAUAGUUGAAUCUCUUCUUAAACAUUAUAUUACAAAAGAAUCGGAAUACAAAAAAGCGAAAGAGAUCUUUGAAGAAUACAUUAAAACUAAAAAUCCCAAACAUUUACUUACAAUUUAUACUAUGAAUACUCCUCUUUACAAUGCACUUCACAAAGAAAAUAAUGCAUUUUCAACAUUACUCUACUUACAUUUGGAUAGAUUAAAACAAUGGAGUUUAUCUAAAUGUGAACUUUAUCGUGGAGUAACAAAAGAUAAUUUUGAUGAUUAUCAAAAGAUUCUUCGAGAUUAUAAAAAAGCCAAAGAGAAUACAAAUCAUAUUAUUGAAAUCUGUGCAUUACAAUCAACUUCAUUAAGCAAAGAAGUAGCUAAAUGUUUUGCUGAUAGUAUAAAUCCAGAGAGUUACGCUAUUUUGUUUUAUUUUAAAUUUCCAAAUGAAUGUCCCACAGCAAUUCGAAUAAAUGAAUUUUCAAAUUUUAGGGGUGAAAAUGAAGUACUUCUAUUACCAUUUACUUUAUUUAAAAUCAAAGAUAUUAAAGAAGAUUCACCAAAAUAUUUGAUUAUAUCACUUGAAAAUGUACCAGUUCCUCCAGCUACAUUCAAUGUUAUAUGGAGACAAAUUCAAAUCUAA